ACGAAUUUAAUUAAGACUCCAGGUAGAAUGGGUGCAUCAUAUUUUCUUUUAUUUUGCAGGUUUAUCUUGGAGUGAACAACCCCUGAGUGUCGACUCUGUGCUCAAGAUCCAACCACUGACUUUGAGAUCUGCAAUAGAGCAUUUGAAGAAGAAGAAGAAAAAGAAGAAAAAGAAGCAAGUGCAUAGAGACGAAGACGGCUCCGAUGGCCAGCAACAACACCACCAGCAUAGCCCAAGCCAGGAAACUGGUAGAACAGCUCAAAAUGGAGGCCAACAUCGACAGAAUAAAGGUGUCCAAAGCAGCCGCAGACUUGAUGGCCUACUGCGAAGCCCAUGCCAAGGAGGACCCGUUAUUGACUCCGGUCCCGGCUUCAGAAAACCCGUUUAGAGAGAAGAAGUUCUUCUGCGCCAUCCUGUAAGCCUCAUGGAGGCCUGGCUCCCACUUGGGCUACCCUGGACACUGAUGUAGAGAUUUUUCAGCACUGUGGACGUGUUUCCAGAGUCCACUCAAUUGAAAACAAAACAAAAAAACAAAAAAGUAAUCCAACAGCCUGGAAGUUUACAGGGAAAGUUAGUGCAUGAUCCAAAAGCGAAUUGUCUGCCUUCUUUGGAGAAGGCGUUGAUGAUGAUGAUGAUGAUGUUGACCGACGUCAUCGCGAGGCGAAAGAUCUUGACAUCUUGCAGAGUUGCCUGGAGCGGGAGGGGGAAAAUGUGUAACACAGUCGGUUUCAUGUCCCCUUUGCUCUUGCCAAACCAACCCUUUAUGUCUCCCUCUUUUUUUUUCCAAAAAGAAAGUAUUAAAAUAAAAAAAAUUAAAAAGAGGGGGCGCAGAGCAAAGCUGCAAAUGAUGCAAACGUGAGUGUGUGUGUGUGUGUGUUUGUAGCCGUAUGAAUUUUCUACCCUCUUGCUUUUCCCUACAUGUCACUUUUAUUUAUGUUGAAUUGUAAAAUAAUCAUUGCAAUGGGUUAGAUUUAUUAAGGCGUUUCUUAAUGUGGGGGUCUUCUCUGUGUAUUUAGCAUUUUAGAGGGCAGGGAGUGUGGGGUGGGGUGGGGGGAAUCUGCAGCCACGGCAGCCUCAUAAGCAACCCUUUGGGAGGGCAGAUUUAGCUGAGAAUGCGCCCUAACUUUGAACGGCCCUGGGGAGGCCAACUUGUACGUUCCUAGUAUACUUCGUACCUCUGUUUUCUAACAUUUGUAUUCAGUAACUUUUGUUCUGCAAGUAAACUGUGCGUUGUGAUGGG